CAACAGCCCUUCUCGCAGGAAGUAUGAUAUGAAUAUGCCCUAGCACGGUUGCAUUUCGGACCUCGGAACGAACAUCGGGUUUUACUGGUUCGCUGCACGGAUAGCGCUGCUGUAAUAAGUCUGGUAUUUUAUAGGCUUCCCUUACUGGGCCUCAGACAAUUAAAACUAUCUGGACUCUCGAAGAGGAUGUUGUUCCAACAGACUCUCGUGUAGAGUUAGACGAUAACAGACAACAGUAUUCUUGGUGAAUAGGGUGUUGAACGUUUUUACUUUAAUAGAUCAGGUAAAAUCUAGGUGAGAUUAGCCUACAUCAGACAUUUGUCACCACUAAAGUUGUAAUAUUGAAAAGGACGUCUGAUUGCUCUGCUCUAGCUGUUUUUUAAACAUUUAUUUAUCUGAACGCUGUAACAAAGAAAGUAGCUGUAGACUAGCUACAGAUUUACUGUCACAUUUUUAUUUGAAGAAAGAAUAGCUUCCACGAUGGAUCGGAAGCUGUACUGACCUCGCCUUCUGGAUUGAUAGCGGUGUGAACAGGCCGUGGCUCGAGUGGUUGAUGAACUUGAUGAUCUUUUUGGCCUUCCUGUGACAUUGGGUGCUGUUUAUGCCUUGGAGGGCAAGCAUUGUGCCACCGGUGAUGCGUUGGGCAGACCGCACCACCCUCUGGAGAGCCCUGAAGUUGUGAACGGUGCAGUUGCCGUACCAGGCGGUAAUUCAGCCCGACAGGAUGCUCUCAAGGGUGCAUCUGUAAAAGUUUGUGAGGAUCUUAGGGGCCAAGCUGAAUUUCUUCAGCCUCCUGAGGUUGAUGAGGCGCUGUUCAGCCUUCUUCACCACAUUGUCUGUGUGGGUGGACCAUUUCAGAUUGUCAGUGAUGUGUACACAAAGGAACUUGACCAGCCCAGUCAAUGUGGAUGGGCAAAGAGGACCAGAUUGGAGUGGUGAUCUGAUUUGCAAAGGUAAGACAGAAGAGGGCAAAUACACAUGUAAACAGCACAUUGUCCACUGCAUUGUGCAAAUGCAUGCUGGGUAGCAUCAGAAACUCACCAGUUUGGAACAUCCAGAAUAGAUUCCAGUAUGCUCCUUCUCCUGUCUUGACAUUUUUAUCAAAAGCUGUGCUGAUCAACAGUGCCAAACUAACAACUCUGCCAUUAGACAGGCUUGAUUGCAUCUACAGCUCUGAUCUGGAUGGUGGACUAGCCAAUGUGUUGGAUAUUUGUCAACGGCCAUUCCAGUGGUGUGGUACUUGGGGUGGGGGAGGGGCUAAAGCCCCCCAAACCCUGAUUAUAUAAAUGCAUAGGGUGCAUAACUCUGCAAUGCUUUAGGCUAGAACAAGCUGUAAAAGGCACCAGAAAGACAUGGCUCUAUUGUUCAUGGGGAUAACUGUAUAAAUUAACAUUCAUUUAAUUUAGGGUGGAAGGUAAAACCAAAUAACUGAUGGAGUUGGCUCUAAAUACUUCAUCAUAAUGAGCAGCAGUAGUUCAGGUGUUUUGCUUUUUCCUCUGGUUAUUUUGACAAAUCAUGAUUUGGCAGAGGUUGGCGUCCUCCUCGUUCCAUCAUCUCUUAAGCUCUCCUCCUAACACGUAUGAACCCAGAACUAAAUUGCGUGGCUGACCAAUUACGUGAGACAUUAGUUCUGGGUUAACCAAGACUAACUCAGGGGUGAAAGAUGUGUUCAACUCCAAUGAAUGCUCAAUCAAAGGUUCUGAACAUAAGACAGGGGGCAUUACAAGUGUUAUCAGUUUUGACAUUUGUAAAGAAUAUACCACUUCCACAUGAAAAAUGUGCCAGAGUGAUUGAAAAUGUGUAAAGUAGUGAACUAUUGCACACUUAAGGAGAAUGGAGGUAUUAUAAGGAUUCACCAAUCCAUCAGAGAUUUAGUCUAAAGUAAUCAAAUGUUUGGUCUAAUGAUAUUCUAUGUACAAUACUUCCUGUUGUCACCAGGACAGAGCUAGCCCGUCCCCCUCCACCAUGCCGGAGUCCCCUGGUCACAACUCUCCUGGUAGGACCUUACUGCUGGGUCUGAAGAGGGUGUCUGUGCGGCUGGUCGACUGCAGGAAAACACCAGGGCAGAGUGGAACUGUGAGAGGGGGGCACGAGGAGGAGGGAGAUUUGAUUUCAUCAAGUGACACCCCUAACUGUAAUUCUCCCAGUGGGAGGGGCUUAUCAUCUGGGGAGCCUCAACAGCAUCAUGUUGCUGACGUGACAGAGAAGAGUGUCUCCAGAUCAGAACAUCUCAAGAAACACCAGCAGAGAUGUAGAGGGAAGAAACCUCACCACUGCUGCUCUGACUGUGGGAAGAGUUUCACUAGACGGAGUGGCUUCAUUAUUCACCAGCGGAUUCACACCCGAGAGAAACCGUAUUGCUGCUCUCAGUGUGGGAAGAGUUUCACCUGUGCAGGAAGUCUUAAAGUACACCAAAGAAUCCAUACUGGAGAGAAGCCUUACAGAUGCUCAGAAUGUGGGAAGUGUUUUACUGCUUCUAACGCCUUCAAAUAUCAUCUGCGAAUUCAUACAGGGGAGCGGCCUUACCCCUGCCUUGAUUGUGGAAAGAGCUUCAACCAGUCAUUCAACCUGACUACACACAAGCUAACACACACAGGAGUUAAGCCUUAUAGCUGUGAUCAGUGUGGGAAGAGCUUUGCUGUAGUUUCCUCCCUGAUUAGACACCAGCGAAUACACACAGGAGAGAAUCCUUAUAGCUGUGAUCAGUGUGGGAAGAGCUUCAGUCAAUCAGAACACCUGAAUGCACACCAGCGAACACACACAGGAGAGAAACCUUAUAGCUGUGAUCAGUGUGGGAAGAGCUUCAGUCAAUCAGUACACCUGAAUUCACACCAGCGAACACACACAGGAGAGAAACCUUAUAGCUGUGAUCAGUGUGGGAAGGGUUUCAGUCAAUCAGGGGGCCUAAAUUCACACAAGCGAACACACACUGGAGAGAAAUCCUAUGUCUGUUUUUGUGGGAAGAGCUUUGCUCAUUUAGGGCCAAUGAGAAAACACCAGAAAGCAAAAAUGUGCCGUAUUUCAUCUCUCUCCCUUCCAGCACCGGUUCCAGAUCCCUAAAUAAAGGAUCAAUAGAAAACAUCUAUUGAACAGUCA